CUAUCAUUGGCUGUAUUACCUACAAACGCUUAUGAACAUCGACCGUGAACGUUUAAUAUAAGAAACUAAAUAAAAUUUUUGCUGCACUUAACUGUAAAAAAAGUAAACGAUCAUCAUGCCACCAAAUGAAGUGACAGUCGAUGAGCCAAAACCAGCGCCUGAAGUUGAAUCAGCGACUGCAGAACUGGAAACAGCAGAUCAAAAAGCCGAAGAAGCAACACAGCAUUCAAUAUUUCGAGAAAAUGCACAUCAACCAGUUGGAGAAAAUCAAAAAAUUAUACCCAACAUAAUAGAAACGACACAAACCCCACUAGGCACAACAGAAGGAGAACCAGAAGAGACUACUACUAAGACCUCAGUGUUACAAAAAGUCGAAAAUGCUGGUGAACGUGUUACCAUUGCAAUUGCUGAUAAAACCGGUCUACCCACAUGGGGUGUGGUGGCCAUUAUUAUAUUGGUAUUCCUGGUUGUCUUCGGCAUUAUAUUCUUCUGUGUACGAAGAUUCUUAAAGAAGCGACGAACUAAAGAUGGUAAGGGUAAGAAGGGUGUUGAUAUGAAAUCGGUACAAUUGUUAGGAUCAGCGUACAAAGAAAAAGUUCAGCCUGAUAUGGAGGAACUCACCGAAAAUGCUGAAGAAGGCGGCGAAGAGGAUAAAGAAAGUGAACAAAAAUUAGGCAGACUGAAUUUUAAGCUUGAAUAUGAUUUCAAUUCGAACAGUUUAGCCGUAACUGUUAUACAAGCUGAAGAAUUGCCAGCUUUAGAUAUGGGUGGUACCUCAGAUCCUUAUGUUAAAGUUUAUCUGUUGCCAGAUAAGAAAAAGAAAUUCGAAACAAAAGUACAUCGUAAGACACUAAGUCCAGUUUUUAAUGAAACAUUUACAUUUAAGAGUUUACCCUACGCUGAUGCCAUGAAUAAGACUUUAGUAUUUGCCAUCUUUGAUUUUGAUCGUUUCUCAAAGCACGAUCAAAUUGGUGAAGUUAAGGUACCACUGUGCACAAUCGAUUUGGCGCAAACAAUUGAGGAGUGGCGUGAUUUGGUUAGCGUUGAAGGUGAAGGCGGUCAGGAAAAGCUUGGCGAUAUCUGUUUCUCAUUACGUUAUGUACCGACCGCUGGCAAAUUAACCGUUGUCAUAUUGGAAGCUAAAAACUUGAAAAAGAUGGACGUUGGUGGAUUGUCUGAUCCAUAUGUGAAAAUUGCCAUUAUGCAAAAUGGAAAACGUUUGAAAAAGAAGAAGACAAGUAUCAAAAAAUGCACCCUCAACCCCUAUUAUAAUGAGUCGUUCUCAUUUGAAGUACCAUUUGAACAAAUACAAAAAAUCUGUUUGGUUAUCACUGUCGUGGAUUAUGAUCGUAUUGGUACUUCUGAGCCCAUUGGACGUUGUAUACUUGGCUGUAUGGCCACCGGCACUGAAUUGCGACAUUGGUCUGAUAUGUUGGCCUCACCCCGACGACCUAUUGCACAGUGGCAUACUCUGAAAGAUCCUGAGGAAACUGAUGAAAUUCUUAAAAAUAUGAAGUAAGAAGUUUUAACUAAACUAAACUAACAACAACAUCAACAACAACAACAAGAACAACAACAGCAAAAACAAACCACACAAAUAUUCAUGGGAAAUGCAAAUGAAAACGUGAAGUUUAGUCGAGAGAAUGAGAAUGAGAAAAAAAAUUGAUUGAUAUUAUUACUUAAAGAGUUAAUUAUAAUAAAGUAAGCAAGAAACCAAAAAAAUACAACAUGAAAAAAGGUUUGCUAUUUCACAAAUUUUAUACGCAUAAUAAUAUAUAUCAACAUACAUCCACAAACACACACAUAACUAAAUAACUUACUUUCUUACAAUUUAAGGAUAUCAAUCAAUUUAUUUUUUCAUUUCGUUUGUCUCGCUUUUCACGCCAAACAAAUAAUGUUCAAUACAACAAACAGCAAACUAUAUAAAUCACACAUCAAAACCGUCAUCAAUAAACAACAACAACAACAGCAACAACAAAACAAAAGAAACAACAAAUAGUACCAGCAUCUUAUAGUAGUUAUAAUUAUUAAUAACAAAAUAAAUUUAAAUAAAAUAUACAUAUUUACAUUAGUCUAUGUUACUCAUACGUACAUACAUUUAGCAUAACAUGACAAAACAAAACAAAAAGUUUCAAAAAAAAAAAGAUGGCCACCAUUCAUUAAAAAGAAAAAAAAUAAAACAAAAUAACGAAAUACAAUCAAAUAUAUACAAGAUACUACAACAGACAACAGAAAAUAUUAAAAAAAAAAUAAAAGAAGAAACUGUAAAAUAUUUGUACUUAUCUACGAGUAUUCAAAAGAAAGAAAAAAAUAUAAGUUUGAAUAUUUUCCAGCCGCGCCGCAAGUAUUUACAAUAUUCACUUUAUAAUUUAAAAUAUUCUUUUUUUAUUUUUUAAAAAAAAAAUCUUAAAUAAAAACCCCACAAAAUUUCAAAGACAAUAUAAUAUUUUCAGUAUACUUUUCAUUGAAAUAUUAUUAGCAAAAAAAAAAAAACAACAACAACUUGUCUUAAACGUAAAGUAAAAUUUAAAAAAAAAUAUUAACAGCUUUUCCUUUACAGAUCUCUCUAUAUAAUUAUAAAA